GGAAAGAGAAGAAAUGCGAAGAUCACGUCAUGUAUACAUUACGGGGAUUGAUCUUUCCCCGGGGAUUUCCCGGGUAAUCGGACUUUUUAUUCCAUCGUCAUUUCUUUUGGUAUCGGCGCUGAAACGUUCGGCAUCAGUUUGGUGGUACGCGGUGUCCAUUCACUAGAGUUAACUUAUGAAGUAGAACUUUACAGUAUGAAGUCGCACUUAAUAGUGAUAGUCUGCUAUAUUGCUUUGGUAUCCGCAUCAAAUUUGACUAUUAAUGACGAUUGUGUUACUCCAUGUGGAAAACCAGGUAAAUGUGUGCUAGUAAGAUCUUGCGAUUAUGCUCUCGGCAGAUUGCGAAAUCCCAAUGCAUCGUUCAAGGACAGUCAGUAUUUAAACUCAAGCAUUUGUGGAAAUCAUCCUGAUCCACCGCAUUUUCCUCUGACAUGCUGUCCAGUACUGCUCAAUCCGACCGGUUGCGGUUUGAUAGAUAUAUCAAAACGAAUUGUUGGUGGAGAACUUACGAAACUUGAAGAGCAUCCGUGGGCAGGUUUGCUGAUAUACGAUCUGAAUGGAAACGAAUCAAAUCCUCGUUUAGCGCCAAGAUGUGGAGGAUCUCUGAUAAAUUCCCGUUAUGUUCUAACGGCUGCGCAUUGCAUCGUAGAUAUUCCCAGCAAGUGGAAGUUGGAAUACGUGCGAUUCAGUGAAUGGGAUGCCUUCAGCAACGACACAUGUACUACUAUCAGUGAAAAUGAGAAAGUUUGUCGCCAAGAGUAUAAAAUCGAAAAGAUAAUAGUGCAUCCCAAGUAUGACAAAACCGUACGUAAUAAAGUGCAUGAUAUCACACUAUUACGACUAGCUGAAGAGGUUCAGUUCGGGAAAUAUGUUCGACCAAUUUGUCUUCCGUUCGAUGAGACAAUCAGAGAUAUGCCGAUCGAUGAUGAAGAUUUUACAGUUACCGGGUGGGGCCAAACUGACAACCAAACUCGCAGUGCAUUUCAAUUGCAUGUCGACCUGAUUGGGAAGAAAAAUGAUGUGUGUAAUGAAGCGUUCUCAAUAGCAAAUGUCACACUGGAGGAAACACAAAUAUGUGUGGGUGGAGAGGCGGGCAAGGAUUCCUGUAAAGGUGAUUCUGGAGGUCCACUGUUGAGAUUCGUGAAUACUGUUUGGUAUCAGGCAGGUAUCGUUAGUUUUGGAAAUAAAUAUUGCGGCAAACAGGGCUUCCCAGGAAUUUACACAGACGUUACCAAGUAUCUGAAGUGGAUUGAGGAGGAAGCCAACCAACUCCAUUGCCUAGAUGACGAGAGCUAAAAACUCUAUCGUGUGCCA